AUGGCAUCUCGGAAUGAUCUUGAAUUGGAACAAAAAGUUAAUUUAAUACGAGAGAGUGAACGUGGUUUGUCUUAUCGAGAAUUAAAAGACAAAUUCCACGUUUCUAUCGGUGCUGUAUCAAAUAUUCUUAAACGAAAACAUGAAUAUAUCGAUGAUUAUCAAUGUAAUCGAAAUAAAAAGAAAUUCAUCCCUCGUUUUGCUCAAAUUUCUUCACCACUUAAUAAAUUUAACAGAAAAGGUCUUCCAUUUAUUUGGACGGAUAUAGAACAAUCAUCAUUUGAUCAAUUAAAGACCGCAAUAACGUCUCCUGAUGUACUCAUAUUUCCUGAUCCUGAUAAACCAUAUGUUAUUAGAACAGAUGCGUCACGUGUAGGUAUCGGUGCAGUGUUGUUACAGGAGCAAGUUUCUAAUGAUAAUAAUAUAACACCUGUUUAUAAACUAGUUGCUUUUGCUUCACGAACAUUGAAACCAGCUGAAACUCGUUAUUCUACAAUCGAACUAGAAACAUUAGCUAUUUGGUGGAGUGUUACUCAGAAGUUUCGUUCGUAUAUUGAAGGUCAACAAUUUAUCAUAGAAACCGAUCACAAACCACUGUUGUCAUUAAUGCACAAGCCAUACCAUAAUUCUCGUAUUGAACGAUGGAUGACAACAUUACAACAAUAUGAUAUAAUUAUUCGACAUAUAUCCGGUACAGACAACACCACUGUCGAUGCUCUAUCUCGUUAUCCAGUUGAUCAACCUGAUAUUACUGAUGAUAACGAACCACGUUUUAGUACCUCCUCUACUCAAACCGACAACAUUUUCAUCAAUGUUGUUACAACACGUUCGAUGACUCGUGAACAACAAAUUUUUGCUAAUCCUUCAAUACGACAACCAUUGAAUUUAUGUUCAACUAAAACACCUGCAGAGUCCUCGACAUCCUCAAUCAAGAACGUUCAAAUAUUUUUCGACGAUGAUACAUUAGCUAAAUGUCAAAAUGAAGAUCCUGCAAUACAGAAAAUAAAAUAUAAUCCUAAAUUAAAUCCCAAUUAUAUCAUAGACAAUUCUAAUGUUCUUUUAAGAAUUGUUAAACGGAAAUCCGGUCAGCAACUCAAUCUUCGUUAUCUUCCUGCUUCUUUAAUUGCUAAGGUUUUAUCCGCUUAUCAUUAUUCAACAUUUGGUGGUGCACAUUUUGGUAUUAAACGAACGUUUUAUAAAAUACGUGAUCGUUUUUAUUGGCCUAACAUGUAUAAAGACAUUGAACAUCACAUUUUAUCUUGCAUUAAUUGUCGGAAAAAUAAACCUUCUCGUAGAAAACCCGACGGCCACCUACAAUCCAUUGAACCACCUCAUGGAGUUUGGGAACGUCUUGCAAUGGAUUAUGUUGGUCCAGUACCCGAAUCGAAGUCUGGUAAUAAAUAUUUUCUUGUGCUUACUGAUAUUUUCUCUAAGUUCGUGGUAACCAAAGCCGUUCCAAAUAAUACAUCAAUGACAGCAGCUCGAUUCUUAUUAUAUAAUGUAUUCAUGAUUUAUGGCGUUCCAUUAGAAAUCAUAACAGAUAAUGGUCGCCACUUCACAUCCUCUCUAUAUGAAUCUUUAAUUAAACUUGUCGGUUGUUGUCAUAUUAAAACCACGCCCUACAACCCUCAAGCUAAUGGUCAAUGUGAGCGUCAUAAUGGAACAUUAGUUCCUAACUUAGUUGCACUUUCAAAUCGCUCUAAAUCCAAUUGGGAUGAAAAACUAAUACCAACAACAUAUAAUUAUAAUACAACUAGACAUGAUUCUACAGGCUAUGCACCUUUUGAACUAAUGCUUGCCCGUUCUCCUCGUUUCAUAUUCGAUUUUCUUUCACCACCUUCAAUACAAUCUAAUGCUAAAAAUUACCGAAAACAAAUGAAUAUAUUUCUCGAACAUACAUUACUCGCAGCUCGAAACAACAAUCUUUAUCAUCAAUUUAAAGCAAAACAACGAUAUGAUCGCAAUCGCUCAGAUCCCCAAUAUUCUAUCGGUCAAAGAGUAGUUAUUCGAAAUCGAAAUCCAAAUAUGAACAAAUUUUCCUCAAAAUUUAUAGGCCCGUACACUAUUGUUAAAAAGAUCAAUAAUAAAACUUAUGUUGUUCAAAAUACUGAUCAGAAUCAUGAAACACAAAUUACAGCACAAGACUUAAGACCCAUUAACUAG